AUGAGCAAACACGGCUUUGGACACACCUACAACCACCACCUGCAAGCACUGUACCCCUCCUCCUCAAGCCAUAGCGGAGUGGAGGAGCAGCAACUCCGCCCACCUCGUCGCUGCUGCGGGGGCUGCAAGGCGCUGAAGAAAGAGCACAAGCGGCUGAAGCAAAGCCUGGAAGAACUAAGAGCGCAGGUGCACCGUCAAACCGAGAUCACCCAGGGGCUGGUGGCGCACCUUGACGAGAGAGCCCAGAACCAUUCUUCCCCAGUCGCACCUGAUGAAGAGGAGGGGCAACCGCUCCCUCUGUACAUCAACGAGUCCACGCUCGACACCUGCAUAGAUCAAGCUUUGCGCCACCUGUUCUCAACCUUCCAAGUGCGCUGCACGAUCAACCAGUUCACAGCCCUCCCUCCCGGUCACGAAGCGCAUCAGUCGCUCCCCCCAUCUGCCGACCCACUGUUCUACGUCGUCUUCCUCACCAGCGACCGCUUCGAGGAGCAGGUCAACCAAGCCAAGUUCGAACAGUUGCGCCAGGCGCAUCCAAAAGCGGUGAUAUUGGCGAUGAGGAAGGGCAAUAACCCGCUAUGCUUCAAGCAAGCCACGACCACCCUCUACAGCCCGGAGGACACCAGGUUACUCACGUUCUACUUCGGGCUGGAAAACCGCAUAGAGGACUGCGACUUUAACAGGCGCUCGGCCGAAGCUCUGCGGGGUCUGCUGCCGGCCUGGGCGCUCCCGCCCCCGCCCAAGAAGAGGCUAGAGCUUCACCUCCCUCCCUGGCUCUCUUCGCUCAUUCCGGGAGUCAAACACAACUAG